AUGUCACAAACCCAGGAAUUGUAUCAUAAGCUGGACUCUACUUUGAAACAGAUCCGUCUCGUUACCAUCGAACCUGGUAAAUGGACAGAUGACAUCCAGUGCACCCUCCGAGAAACUUUGCUAGGCGAUUCGGAACCCUAUGAGACGCUCUCCUAUGUCUGGGGAGACCACACGAAUACGAAGAAUAUCAUUGUGAACGGAAGUAACUUCAAAGCUACGGCAAACCUCGAAUCAGCCCUCCGUCAUCUACGCCGGGACACUCCACGGACUAUGUGGAUUGACGCGAUAUGCAUCAACCAGCGGGACCUGGAAGAGCGUGCUUCGCAAGUAAGCAUUAUGCGCGAUAUCUACCAAGGAAGUAAUGUGACCAUUAUAUGGCUUGGUGACGGGGACGAACGUGCCGAGUCAUUUUUUGGUCUCGCUCGAUGGUUUUACGAUCAAAGUCACAGUGACGGAGAAUCUGUUGAAGAGGUUUGGAUGUGCAUGCGAGAAUUGACAAACACCGAAGAUCAACGUCAGAGCUUGGAAUUCCUGAUCACAGAUAUCCUGAGGCGACCCUGGUGGACCAGAGCAUGGGUGUUUCAAGAGGCCGUGGUAUCUGCAGAAAUACUAGUGAAAUGCGGAAAUCAUGAGAUUACGUGGUUGCCCCUCUGGCGGCUUGCCGAUAUUUUAUUCACUAGGACAUACUUUACCAAUUCCCUUGACCGAGUCUCCACUGCAAAGCUCGAAGAUGUGCUUAAGAUCCAAAAAACGAGAGAAGAAACCCAGAGAGGCCAUGAGAUAUCGCUUACGCAACUCGUUGCUUGGAAUAGACGCCAGCGGUCAUCAGAUCCCAGGGACAAGAUAUUCAGCCUGCUCGGUUUGGCACGUGGUGGGCCAGGAAAUGCUAUACAUCCUGACUAUUCGGUGAAUAACACACUACUGGAGGUGUGCCUUGGCCUUGUUGUGCAUUCUAUCAGAGAUUGGGGUAUGGAUAUAAUAUGCAUGAGCCAAGGAAGCGAGAAAUCCCAGUGGCCAUCUUGGGUACCUGACUGGGAGGUUUACUCGAGUGAAAGCUCCAACGUUGCCAGCCCCUUGGUUGGCUUCUUCGCAGGUGGAGAGCCAAUACUUCUUAAAAACUUUUGGGAUAUCCCCCCAUCUGACUAUGACGCAUCUCGGUCAAGGUCUCCUGAAUAUAGAUUGCUUCUCGACGUGCCGGCUCUGAAAGCUGUAGGCAUUUACGUUGACACCAUUGAUUGUCUGGCAGUAACAUAUGAGCCUGAUAAACACGGAGCAUGGUCUUCAUCGAGACCCGAUCCGUGGGUGGCCCUCUUAACAUCGUAUUUUGAGACCCCACCCCAUAUCCCGGAAAUCUCAAGCUGGAUAUAUACUCUUCACAAGUUUGGAACUCUCAUGGAAAGGGGGAAACUGUUGUCGAAUGAAAAUCCACAUAAAAAACACUUUUUUUCAAUGUCGAUCAAGUUGAUGAGAAAGAUAAGGGAAUCAACAACUGGCCGUGACUAUGUUGGUGGGGGCUCGCUGGCCCAUGCAUACCUCCGAACAUUGAUCGCGGAUACAUUUACCUCUGGCUACAGGACGAAUGGUAUGUCUGACCCCCUGCAUAUGGAUGAAUUCGUUGAAAGUCAAUCUGCACCAAGUGAUGAAGCCACUGAAGAGGACGAUACUGGCUAUGUCCUUGGCGAAGAGUUCGUAGAUGAUUACUGCCUUGGUGUGUCAAUGCUCAAUUACGCUAUUGAGCGUGCAACCUCAUACCGUCGGCUGAUGAUCUCCUCAAAGGGUUAUAUAGGCCUGGUGCCGCCAAAGACUCAGGAAGGAGAUCUCGUAUGUGUUCUGUUCGGUUGUUCUGUGCCUGUUAUUCUCCGCAAGCAAGGGUCUCACUAUAUCUUCAUUGGUGAGAGUUACGUGCAUGGCAUUAUGGACGGGGAGGCAAUCCAGAUGAUGAAUGAGGGACACCUAGUCGAAGAGGACUUUACUUUGGUAUAA